ACCCCGACGACGCCGCCGAUCGACACCUCGUCUACGUCCUUUGAUGAGACCGAUAUCUGGGAAAACUGGAUCUUCGUCAGAGAGGAAUCCGACUACGAAUACGAACCGGAAAAUGGGGAAAUAACCAUCGGCAACAAAACCAUUAAGGCGGACGACUUCCUCAACUUGUUGCUUUUCACCAGCUCCUACACGUUGAGAGACUUCCGGAGAUACUUGAGUUUGGAAGAUGCUGCUGGCAACAUCUUGGAGUCGAUACAUCGUUGCACUUUCAAUGAUGCCCCUUGCGACAUGAACGACUUCAAGGUCAUCAACGACUCAGACUACGGAAACUGCCUGACCUACAACUACAACGGAAAUAAAGUUGUGCGCCGUUCUGGCUCUACGGAAGGGCUCCAACUGAGAUUGACCUGGAACGCCUCAAACCAAAUGAAUCUCCUCGCACCAGCCAAAGGGUUCCGGGUCACCCUUCACCAUCACAAGGCCGAACCCGAUCCCCUCGGAGAGGGAAUUGACGUCGGCAUGGACAUGAAUUCCUACAUCGGCAUGAAGAAGAGGAAAUUCGAACGGCUUCGUCCCGAGGAUGGGGGGGAUUGCGCCUACGAUUCCUACCUCGAAGACCGAUUCAACAACAGUAUUUACAAUAUUGGAAAUGGAACCAAGUAUUCCUUCCAGCUGUGUCAGAAGCUGUGCAAACUUCAGGCCAUUCGUGAUGGAAAGGAAUCCCAGUGCUACCGGAAGUCUCCCCUUCUGCAAGAAACAGUUGACAAAUCAGAAUAUUGCAAUAAGUCAGCCCUGCACGUGAGUCUCAAUCCGAGUUUUGUGUCCACGUCCCAAAGGAUGGUGGAGCGAGACCGCGGGUUCUUCUGCUUUAGAGAGGAGAUGUUCGACUGGUCGUUGUCGACGACGCCGAUGAUUUGGGAAAACGCUGAGCUCAUGGAUCUCAUCGAUUGGUUGAGAAACGAGAACAAGAGAACUUCCGACACGAACGAGCUGAGACACUGGACGAGCUUCAUCGGCACGUUGGGGGGAUUGCUGGGUCUCUACACCGGUUUGUCCUUCGUCUCCGUCCUGGAAGUGCUGGAAUGGAUGCUGGACCUCAUCAUCUAUGGUUGGAGGAAGCCCCAGCCUGACAAGAUGGGAUCGAAGCAACUGGCAGUCAUCACGUGGAACGAUACUCUGGAAUCGGAGCGAUGGGGCACGAAGUCGAAUGAAUUCCAUCAUGGAACCAACUCUGGAACUGUACCCGUCUACAUUCGCCCACCCUUGAAGAACGUGCAAAGUGCUGGAUUCGAUUUGGCUUUUUCCAAUUACAUUUACUCCUAGAUUCGAAAGGGAAAGGCUCUUGCACUUUCAGCCUUUCUCUACGAUUUGAACUCUUUCAUAUGCAGCAUCAUACACUAUAUUCAUCAUUGAUUUCACCAAAAAAAAAAAAAUUUUUGGCAAUUUUUCCCUGCCGUUCCUGGUUGUUCGAACUGCUCGUGUUUCCAUUGGACGACUC